AUGCCGAUGGCAAGUACAGUGGCGGAGCGUGGACGGAUUAUUUGGCGCAUUAGGCUGCACUCCGCCUUUAGGACCGCCAUGGCAUGUGCCAUAGUGGGUGGCACCACCCUCUACGGUCCAGAAUCAGUCAGAACAAGAAUAAAGUUUCCAGCUUUCUGUUACUUAACUACCAUACUAAUAGUGGGUGAUGCCACACUUGGUGAAACACUCAGAGGCUUUUGGCAUGCAUUUUAUGCUACAAUCCAAGUGGUGCCGCUUUCAAUGCUCUGCCUAUGGUUGCUUGGCCCCGGCUUGCUAUCCACCGGUGUGGCGGCUCUGGCGGUGACGCUGUCGUCAUUCCUGGUGGCACUGCCGGAGUCGACACAUUUGACAUCCAAACGGAUCGCUUUCGGGCAGAUUGUUGUGGUGUUUACCGUUGUUUGUUACGAUAGUACUAAUGUUGGUUACAUGCACCCUAUAUAUGUUGCAUCAAGUACUGGCCUUGGUGCUAUGGCUUCCGUUUUAGCCUUGUUGCUUCCAUGCCCUUGGCUGGCCUGCUAUGAGGUACACAAAUUGUGCAGAGUAUAUGCUGAAAAUGCUUCAGAGAGGAUGAACCUCUACCUGAAAGCUUUCAGUGCCCCCAACAAUCAAGCUAAAAUGGAACUUAUCUCUCAAGCCAAGCCACUUGCAGAAACCGGAAGCAAACUUUUGAAUAGUAUCAGAAUCUUACAGCCGGGGAUGCAGUGGGAGAGACCUUGCAGCAGAUAUUGGAAACCCGAUUUCAAUCCAGGAGUGAGAUUACAACGCAUUGAAAUGCCAAUGAGGGGAAUAGAGAAUGCUCUAAUUUCUUCUCCAGCCUUUCCGGUGGGUGGGGUUGAUCAAGAAGAGCUCUCUAAGGUCAUACAAGGUGUGUCGACACACCUUGGUCUGCAAACAGAGCAGGCUAGAUGUUUAUUUCCUUCCAAUUCGAUGACAGCACCCGAAGAAGGAGGGUUGAUGGAAAAGAUUCUCUUGCCACUUGAAUCGAUUUCCACAAUGAAAGAGUCGGUCUUUUUCUUCUUCUCCUGCAUAGAAAUGUUCUUGGAUGAUUCAACUGCGAGACGAAAACCCGAGUCACCAUUAGAUACUCGCAUAUCCCCUGGUGAAGUCCAAACUCAACAAGACCCUGCAGUGUUUGCCAGCAGAAAGGCCUUCAGAAGUUGGAUCACGAAGCUCGUGGACAAAGAAAGAUUCGUUUUUGCAUUCAAGUGUUCACUUUCCUUGGGACUGGCUGUGUUAUUUGGUUUGAUGUUUAACAAAGAAAAUGGGUGCUGGUCAGGUCUCACAAUUGCCAUCAGUUUUGUAACAAGGAGACAUGCAGUGUUCACAAUAGCAAAUACUAGAGCACAAGGGACUGCAAUUGGAUCUGUCUAUGGUGUUCUCUGUUGCUUUCUUCUCCAAAACUAUGCAGAGCUACGGUUCUUAGCUCUUGUUCCUUGGAUCAUUUUUACCGGCUUUCUGAGGCACAGUCGUAUGUAUGGCCAAACAGGAGGAACAUCAUCUGCCAUAGGAGCAGUAUUGAUACUGGGAAGAAAAAAUUAUGGGACUCCAAAUGAAUUCGCCAUUAUCAGACUCACUGAGGUUCUCAUUGGGCUAUCUUGUUACAUUAUCGUAGAGAUUCUUAUGCAGCCAACCAGAGCAGCCACUCUUGCAACGAGUCAUCUACAUCAGAGCCUGAUGACACUUCAAGAUUGCAUAAAACAUAUAGGUUUGUAUUGUGGGCAAAAAGACCAGCCAUCUUCCAAAUUUCACGAAUUUAUAGAGAAGCAAGAAAACCUGAAAUCCCUUGUCGGUGAGCUGGAGAGAUCCAUAGCAGAUGCAGAGUCAGAACCUGAUUUCUGGUAUUUGCCCUUUCGUAGUUCUUGCUACCAGAAGCUCGUUGGAUCUUUGUCAAAUAUAGUGGAUGUGCUGUACUUCAUCACCUGCAAUUUGAAAAUACUUUCAGAACUACCAGAGAGUUGCAGUGUUGCUCUUGGGGAACUUCAGGAGCAUUUAAAUUACGCUACGGGACAUUUCCAGGAAACUUUAAGCUCGUCGCUGCGAUACCUUGAAAAGGCCACUUUGAGAGAGUCAUCUGUAGUCUCUAAAGAACCUGAUGAGAAAACAAUUGAAGACCUAGAGGAGGGAAAACUCCAAAAUCAAAAGGCGUUAAGUGAUUCGAUUAUGAAAGAUGGAGAGGUGCACAAGAUUCUAAGGUAUACUAAGGAUGCUGAAAUGGAGGAUACUGAAGGCAAGAAAGAGCUUAGAGGAAGAAUGGUUCUUUGUUCGGGUGCCUUGGGUUUUUGCAUCAGUAUUUUGAGGAAAGAAAUACAAGAUUUUGAGAUAGGCAUAAAGGAGCUAGCCCAAUGGGAGUAUCAUUCAAGGAAAUAG